AUGUGCUGUCAUCCUGGUUGCUAAGGACAAGAAAAACCAAAACAAAACAUGUCCUGAAUCACCUGUUCGUUUUCACACUGUGCUGCAAAUUUUUCACCAAGAUCCUGCCAUGGCCGGUGCUCCCAACUGGCUUCACGUGGACACGGCGGAGGAGGCUCCUCCACCGCAUCUCACCACCCUCUCAAGUUGCAUGGCCCUGAGCGACGUGCAGUGCGACGGAUAUGUCCGGCUGCUGGCGGCGGACAUUUCACUGGACAAUGCCGCCGAGGAGCCCAGUGCCACGCUGAAGGUUUUCCGUGGUCUAAAGCUCAAGCACGAGCAGCCACUGCCGGGCAUUCCAGCGGCCAUUGAAAGUCUCUACAUCGACGAAACGGAGCCCAAGACGCCGGUAAUUGCCGUGGCCAUCGCUGAGUCAGUGCUCUUCUAUCGCCAUCUGAAGCCAUACUUUAAGUAUACGAUUCCCGCACAGGUCUCCGAGGAUCUGGAGUUGGAGGUAUGGCGCAAGCUGCCGGUUGUGAAGCCAAGUGCCCAUCCCGCCCUGCUAGACUCCCUGAAAACCAUAGACCACUCCAAGCUGUCGCGGAAAUCGCAGCGACUUCUCCAAAUGGACGAGCAAGAGCGGGAGCACUUCAUUGCCACGCACAAGGACUCCCCAGUGGGUCGGGUUGGCAGUAUUGUGGCCAUGUGCUGCAUAAAGCGCAUCUCAAGCGAUGCCAAUCCCCCGUCCCACUUGGUCCUCGCCACCGAUACCGGGCACAUCAUGAUCUUGGAGCCGCAGGGCUUCAAUUUGGUUUACAAGGGCAAGGCCUGCGACGAUGAGACGGCCGUGCCGAGCCUGAUCUCCGUGCAGGGAACCUUUGAGACGGAUUUCUGCAUCGUGGUGGCCACGCGGAAUGGCGGUGUCUACCUCCUGCGGAAAAGCCAAUCGGAUGGACAGGAGAUCUUCAAGCUGGGCAACCCCCUAACCGGUCUCCUACUGCUGCCCAUCGAUCAGACGAUAAUCGCCUCCACCAUGGACAAUCGCUAUCUGUGCUACUCAAAGCGGGGCAAGCUGUUAUACCAGGUGCCCAUGGCCGAUCUACCCGUUUGCCUCCUACCGCUGCCCUUGACCCAUCUGGGACUCACCCUGGUGGCCAUUGCCCUUAGAGGAGGAGUGGUCAAGUUUUAUUUGCAGCGCUACCUCGUCGACGAGUUUGUUCUGGAGGAGACGGUGGAUGCCAUGCUGUACGGACGAAUGGGCAUGGAGGAUCAUGUCCUCACGCUCGUCACUCAAUCUGGUGGUAUCGUGGUUAAGAUCCUGAGACGCGUCUCCCGCUUUGAGCCCAAGGCCGGUGAUCUGGCCAACAAGCGAGCAUUGGGCGAUCACAAAUCCAUCGUGGAUGGCUCGAUUCUGGAUAAGCCUAAGAAGAGCUCCAUCUUUGUGGAGCAGGCGGCUCGAGAGAAGCAGCAGGCCAAAUCAACCUACGGAAGUUUCCAAGUGGAGCUGUGGCGUCUUCGCCACACGGCAGCCCGGGCAACCAUAGAUGCCAUCAACUCGUCGGAGAGCACGAUAUCUGGAGACCUGACCCACGCACCCGUGAAGCUCUCCGCCGAGGUCUGCGGCAGUGGACCCUCCUUUCGGCUCUACCUCACCGUUCAGAACCUGUCCACCUUCAAGAUGGCCUCCAAUCUGGUGGUUUUGCUCCACGCGGACCGGCGCCACUAUACCAUUCCUCAGACACUGGCCCGACUGCCGAGUGUCCUGCCAGGAGUUCCUCUGCGGGUGGACUUCGAGGUGGUGGCGGUAUUGGAUCCCAUGGACAAAUUGCCGCCGGCCAGCCUCACGCCGGAUAACUCCCUGAUCCGGGUAAUGCUGAUGAAGGCCGGCCAGGCCAAGCCACUGAUCGCAGCCGCCGUUUCGAUGCCCCAAUCCGAGGCCGCCUUCUAAGCGAAAUAUGUAAGCAUUAUGGAUAUUCAUAAUAAGAUUUCGAGUUUAUUUGUCAGAUAGAGAACAGUCUGGAGAAU